CUACAAUAGGCUAUAUAUGUAAACUUAUCCAUUGCCUAUUUUACCCGCUUCGGUUACUUCUUCUUCCAAAACCCUAAACCCUAAAAUCAAUUGUGCAUUUCAUUCUCUGAAACCCUAAAGCUCUUUCGCAGCAAACAAAAAUGGUGAAGAAAAGCAAGAAGAGUAAGAGCAAGAGGGUAUCAUUGAAGCAGAAGCACAAGAUUAUAAGGAAGGUAAAAGAGCAUCACAAGAAAAAGGCAAAGGAGGCCAAGAAGUUGGGUAUUAACAAAAAGACUAAGGUAGAGAAGGACCCAGGAAUCCCCAAUGAUUGGCCCUUCAAGGAACAAGAGCUUAAGGCCCUCGAGGCUCGUCGUGCUCGUGCUCUUGAGGAAUUGGAGCAGAAGAAAGCUGCCCGAAAAGAGAGGGCAAAGAAAAGAAAGUUAGGGCUGGUCGAGGAUGAUGACGUGAAUGAACUUGCAGACAUGGCUUCGGGAGAACAGAAUUUUAUGGAGGGCAAGGGAAACAAUGAUUCAACUAAUUUUGUUAAAAUCCGUGAGAACUCGGAAAGAGCUUUCUACAAGGAGUUAGUCAAAGUCAUUGACGCUUCUGAUGUCAUUUUAGAAGUGCUUGAUGCUCGAGAUCCGCUUGGUACACGCUGUCUUGACAUGGAAAAGAUGGUGAUGAGAUCAGGACCUGGAAAGCAUCUUGUGUUGCUCCUCAAUAAAAUUGAUCUUGUUCCUCGGGAAGCCGCAGAAAAGUGGCUAAAGUAUCUGCGAGAGGAAUUACCAGCAGUUGCUUUCAAGUGUAGCACCCAAGAACAGAAGUCAAACUUGGGCUGGAAGUCCUCAAAGGUCGGAAAGACUACAAAUCUUUUGCAGACAAGUGAUUGUCUUGGAGCUGAGAAUCUGAUAAAAUUGCUCAAGAAUUAUUCGCGAAGUCACGAGAUCAAAAAAUCAAUCACUGUCGGCGUCAUUGGUCUGCCAAAUGUUGGUAAAAGUAGCCUUAUUAAUAGCUUGAAGAGAUCUCACGUAGUCAAUGUUGGUGCUACACCUGGGUUAACAAGAUCCAUGCAAGAAGUUCAGUUAGAUAAGAAUGUGAAGUUGUUGGACUGCCCUGGGAUUGUGAUGCUUAGGUCAUCAACAGAGAAUGAUGCAGCUAUUGCUCUUCGAAAUUGCAAGAGGAUAGAGAAGUUAGAUGACCCAGUUGGUCCUGUAAAGGAGAUACUCAAACUGUGUCCGUCCAGCUUGUUAGUAACUAUAUACAAGGUUCCUAGCUUUGAUUCAGUCGAUGACUUCCUUCAGAAAGUUGCUACUGUUAGGGGUAGGCUUAAAAAGGGUGGAAUUGUUGACACUGAUGCUGCUGCAAGGAUUGUUCUGCAUGAUUGGAAUGAGGGGAAAAUACCAUACUACACCAUGCCCCCGUCUAGGAACGAGGGAGAGCAUUCAGAGGUAAAGAUAGUUUCAGAACUUGGAAAAGAAUUCAAUGUCGAUGAAGUUUAUGGAAGUGAAUCCUCAAUUAUUGGAAGCCUCAAAUCAGUCGAUGAUUUUCUCCCAGCUGAAGUUCCGUCAAAUCGCCCCGUUAACUUUGACGAGACCAUGCUAGAGGACAAUUUGGAGAAACCGGUGACUCAGAGUGAUAAUGCAAUGGACAACCAUGUUAAUAAUGACAGAGAUGUGUCAAUGGGUGCUGGAGAAGAUGAUGCAGGCCGGACAAGUGGCAAGAGCGCUAGCAGCAGACAAAAUGAGAAGUUAUAUACCGAGGAAGGCAUGCUAAAUACCAAACUUAGAAAAGCUGAGAAGAAAAGGAGGAAGAAAGACAGAACCUCUACUACCAGUGAUAUGAUGGAUGGUGAUUAUGACUUCAAGGUAUAUUAUUUCAAGAAGGAAUCCGCCAUGGAUGAUGCUGAAGAUGAUAUGACACCUAAUGAAAGCAAGAAAAACAGAUUUGAGCUACCAUCUGGGAAUGAGUUGGAUAAUGAAUGAAGAGAGACAUCACAAUGAAUAUCUUUUUUGAUGGCGGAUAGAGUUACUUGGUACUCAUACUAGAGAAACAUGCAUGCUCCCCUGGUGCGGAAGCUGGCUCGAGCUCCACCUGUACUUGUAUUAGUGAAGCAUGCAUUCGUAGCGCAGAAGCUGGCUCUAGCUCCACCGUGUUAUCAAGAAGAAGGAAUUUUCUUUUCUUUAUUCUAUCUCAUAGUUGGAGACUUGGAGUAUUCAUUUGCCUUAUUAUUAAUAUUAAUAUUAUUUCUUA